AUGUCUGCAUCUACCGCGCCCCGUGGUCCUCCCGACGCCUCGGCGAUGAAAACGCGCAUCAUCACCCACAUGAACGAAGACCAUCAGCUCUCGCUCCGCCUGUAUCUGCAACACUACUCCCAUGUCCCUUCGCCCGGCACCGUCUCGGCUCAGAUGCUAGACAUCACAACGGAACACAUGAUCAUAUCGUCUGGCUACGGCCGACAUGUCAUCCUGUUUGAACCGCCCAUGAAAAGCCUCAUGGAAGCUCGGGAGAGACUCGUCACCAUGCACGAACACUGCCUGAACCAACUGGAUUUGUCUGACAUCGUGGUGGACACGUACGUGCUGCCAGACCGGGCGUGGCAGUGGGCGCUGUCCGGACUUUGUCUGUUGAUUUUCGCCACAUUUCCAUUUCGAGAGUCCUUGAGACUGGAGUCGGGGUCGUGGAUCUCCCGAGUCUGGAGUCUUGGUGGUGCGGCACCUUGGCUGGCCAAACUGUGUUACAUGCUGGCCCCAGCAGUGCUAGGUGUCAUAGUAGUUUUCCAUUGCGGUGAAGCGAUGUGGUUCAUUCAGAGGCGGUUGAGACGGCACUGGGUUGAAUGGGGAUCUGUGGCCUGGACGUGCUGGGUUGUGGACUGUCUCGUCGAGGGCGGGGGUUGUCUGUCGAGGUUCGACAGGGUGGUGAAGAAGAUGGAGAUGGAGAAGAAGGGAGGGGGCAAACAUUGA